AUGGUAUUAGAGCUUAGAUUAGGUGAGCCACUUCCUUGGAUUUACUUUUCCUUGUUUUUGUGUGGACUGUAUCAGAAUGUACCUUGUUUUUUAUUUUGUAUUUUUAAUUCGUAUCUUGUUACAGUUGAACGUCGAAUUGCUGUAAGCAGAGCCAUUCGUGAUGUGGAGACUGACCAGUUGCUAACUGGAUUGCGUCUGCUUCGAUCAUAUUUCAAGAAGGAACAGCUGCAGACUCCUGUGCUGCAAUUUUUCAAGGAAAACCUUCCAAAUCUGUCAAUUGUAAAAAAUGGAAAAGAUGGACAAUACGCAGUGCAGUGGAGGGAUAAGGAAGGUAACUUAUCAAUGAACCAGGCUGGAAGAGACAUGCACAAACCUCUUCUGCAUCGGAUAUCCAUAGCUUAUCCUGGCUGCUCUACUGCAAUGCAAUCCUUUGGUGGCAUUGAAUUUUCAAGAAAAGCAGUGAAAGCGAGCCUCCUUGGAGCUGAUAAUCUGCAGAUCAGUGAUUUUGUUUUGGAGGAGCUAUCUGAUACUCAGAUGCUUGGUUUGCAAGAUGGUCUCCAGACUCCCGGGGCGAGUAGUCAUGGGGGGUUGUCUGUUGGAAUGACUCCGAAGACUCUAAGGCUUCCUAAGCAUGGUGAGAUGCUUUUAUCUGUCCAUGGCUCACCCCUUGGUGUCUACAAGGAAGACAUGGAAGCCAUACAUGAGACAGAAGAAGGUUGAACUGCCUACCAAUUCAAUGAACCUCCUGCUUCUGCCUGCUUGUGGAUGUGGUCAUUGAAGAAGUUUACAGUACUUGCCAACCCCCAAAGGCUCUGCUUAUAAAUAUGGAUUUGCCAUUUGUUUGUGUCAUCAUGAGUGAGUGACUGGAAUAGAUGAAAAUUAUGUUUAUUCCCCAGUGCUAAGUUUUAGUAAGAUAUUAUGAGUAUGUGCACAUAUAUAUAUAUAUCUUUUAUGAUGUUCCUUUGUUCAA